AUGAGUUUUGGAUUAAACCUCUAUGCUCCCUUGCAACCUAAUUCUCCCCUUGUUGGAAGACGCCGGCCCUUCCUCUCCCCAUCUUCUUCUUCCUUACCCUUCCGUGGACAGAUUGGAAGCCUAGAGAAGAAGAGACGAUCUCCCCUCUCCACUUCCAAUGUGAAUGCAGAUCCCGAGUUGAGUGGGGAUAGAUACUUCGACGCCGACGGACCAGAGCUCAACUAUCUAUCCGAUCUCCGUGCUUUGACGUUAGGAUUGAAGACGACGCCACAGUUGACGAAUAUUGGAGCGAGUCGUCUCGAUUCUAGUGAGCAUCAUCGACCCGACCAUUCUCAAACUACGAUUGGAGCUCGUAAAGCCGCACACUACAUCCUUCCCCACCGGCUACCUCUCCACCAACGAAGCUUCUUCGGCACCUUCCUCUCUAGUGUGUCAAACCAUUUUCAUAUCUUGUAUGCAGUGAUUGGAAAUCCACUGGGCAUCCACAUACAUGCUGUAUUUGUUUCAAAGAUGGCAGGUGAAACCUUACAGAAGUAUGCUGAAGGUGACGGAGAAUGCUGCAUAGGCCCACCUAUAGAGGAAAACGCAGGAACGGUGCUGGUGAUUUCUUUUGUUUCUGUUGUUGCUAUAAUAUCAGUUAUCGCAGCAUUUCUAUUUGCUCGAAACUGUUGGAUUCUUCGGAAUGUUAGCAAUAGAAAACCUUCUCGUAUAGAGAGAGAGGAAGUAGAAAUCCUUCCAUGCUUCAUAUUCAAGAGGGCCUAUUUGAACACCAAACGCAUUACUGAAACUUGUGCUAUCUGUCUUGAAGACUAUCAAGAUGGCGAGACACUUCGGCUUCUUCCCUGUCUACAUGGUAUAUGCGUUUCCUUCUCGAUUCAGUUUCAUAAUAUUCUGUCAUUUGUCAUGAAUAAAUAUACUUUAAAUGUGAAUCCAUCAUGUGAAAUUUUCAUCAUGGUUGACAAAUAAAAAUAGUUGAAAUUCAAGUACCUUAUU